CGGGGCGCCGGAGCCCCGCCCCCAGGAGUCACGGCCCAGCUGCUAGCGGGGCCGCCCGGAGCUGCGUCCUGGGGACUUGGGGCCGCAGGGAGGCUGACAGGCUGUGAUCACCAACGGAGCCGACCUGCUCGACCUGGAGCUGCCUGUCCAUCUUUCCAUCUGGCUCUGCAUGCAUCGACCUCUCCAGAGCUGAAGUGGGACCCCAGAGCAUCUGUGCAGUGAAGGAAGGACUAGAACAUGCUCUAAAGACCUCUGCAACACACUCAGGAAGCUGUGAACCAAGCCCAAACUCUGAAGCUACCCUGCCCCCUGCCGCCAUGGCCUCCGCUGACAAGAAUGGCGAGAGUGUCUCCUCUGUGUCUGGCAGCCGCCUGCAGAGCCGGAAGCCCCCCAACCUGUCCAUCACCAUCCCGCCACCCGAGACCCCAGCCCCUGAUGAGCAGACCAGCAUGCUGCCCCAGAGGCCCAGGAAUCCAGCCUACUUGAAGAGCGUCAGCCUCCAGGAGCCACGGGGACGAUGGCCGGAGGGCAGCUCGGAGAAGCGCCCCGGCUUCCGCCGCCAGACCUCCCUGUCUCAGAGCAUCCGCAAGGGCACCGCCCAGUGGUUCGGCGUCAGCGGCGACUGGGAGAUGAAGCGACAGCACUGGCAGCGCAGGAGCCUGCACCACUGCAGCGUGCGCUACGGCCGACUCAAAGCCUCGUGCCAGAGGGACCUGGAGCUCCCCAGCCAGGAGGUGCCCUCCUUCCAGGGCACCGAGUCUCCAAAACCCUGCAAGAUGCCCAAGAUUGUGGAUCCGCUGGCCCGAGGCCGGGCAUUCCGCCACCCGGACGAGGUGGACCGGCCCCACGCCCCUCACCCACCACUGACUCCAGGGGUCCUGUCCCUCACCUCCUUCACUAGCGUCCGCUCUGGCCACUCCCACCUGCCUCGCCGCAAGAGGAUGUCUGUGGCCCAUAUGAGCUUUCAAGCUGCCGCUGCCCUCCUCAAGGGGCGCUCGGUGCUGGAUGCCACUGGACAGCGGUGCCCGGUGGUCAAACGCAGCUUCGCUUACCCCAGCUUCCUGGAAGAAGACGCGGUCGAUGGGGGAGACACGUUUGACUCCUCAUUUUUUAGUAAGGAAGAAAUGAGCUCCAUGGCUGACGAUGUGUUUGAGUCUCCCCCACUCUCUGCCAACUACUUCCGGGGAAUCCCACGGUCGGCCUCGCCCGUCUCCCCCGACGGGGUGCAGAUCCCUCUGAAGGAGCACGGCCGCACCCCGGCCCCCGUGGCCAAGCGUGGCAAGCGCAUUGCCUCCAAGGUGAAGCACUUUGCCUUCGACCGGCAGAAGCGGCACUACGGCCUGGGCGUGGUGGGCAACUGGCUGAACCGCAGCUACCGUCGCAGCAUCAGUAGUACCGUGCAGCGGCAGCUGGAGAGCUUUGACAGCCACCGGCCCUACUUCACCUACUGGCUGACCUUCGUCCACAUCAUCAUCACACUGCUGGUGAUCUGCACGUACGGCAUUGCACCCGUGGGCUUCGCCCAGCACAUCACCACCCAGCUGGUGCUCAGGAACAAAGGUGUAUAUGAGAGUGUCAAGUACAUCCAGCAAGAGAACUUCUGGAUCGGCCCCAGCUCGAUUGACCUCAUCCACCUGGGAGCCAAGUUCUCGCCCUGCAUCCGGAAAGACAGGCAGAUCAAGCAGCUGGUGCUGCGGGAGCGAGACCUGGAACGGGACUCAGGCUGCUGUGUCCAGAAUGACCACUCAGGCUGCAUCCAGACCCAGCGGAAGGACUGCUCGGAGACUUUGGCUACUUUUGUCAAGUGGCAGGAUGACACUGGGCCCCCCAUGGACAAGUCCGACCUGGGCCAGAAGCGGACGUCAGGGGCCGUGUGCCAUCAGGACCCCAGAACCUGCGAGGAGCCGGCCUCCAGCGGCGCCCACAUCUGGCCCGAUGACAUCACCAAGUGGCCAAUCUGCACGGAGCAGGCCAGGAGUAACCACUCGGGCUUCCUGCACAUGGACUGUCAGAUCAAGGGCCGCCCCUGCUGUAUCGGCACCAAGGGCAGCUGUGAGAUCACCACUCGGGAGUAUUGCGAGUUUAUGCACGGCUAUUUCCACGAAGAGGCGACGCUCUGCUCCCAGGUGCACUGCUUGGAUGAGGUAUGUGGGCUGCUACCCUUCCUCAACCCCGAGGUCCCAGACCAGUUCUAUAGGCUCUGGCUGUCGCUGUUCCUCCAUGCUGGCAUGGUACACUGCUUCGUGUCUGUAGUCUUCCAAAUGACCAUCUUGCGGGACCUGGAGAAGCUGGCCGGCUGGCACCGUAUCGCCAUCAUCUUUAUUCUCAGCGGCAUCACCGGCAAUCUCGCCAGUGCCCUCUUCCUCCCGUACCGGGCAGAGGUGGGCCCUGCCGGCUCCCAGUUCGGCCUCCUCGCCUGCCUCUUCGUGGAGCUCUUCCAGAGCUGGCAGCUGCUGGAGCGGCCCUGGAAGGCCUUCCUGAAACUGUCGGCCGUCGUGCUCUUGCUGUUCGUGUGUGGCCUGCUGCCCUGGAUCGACAACAUUGCCCACAUCUUCGGCUUCCUCAGCGGCCUGCUGCUGGCCUUUGCUUUCCUGCCCUACAUCACCUUCGGCACCAGCGACAAGUACCGCAAGCGCGCCCUCAUCCUGGUGUCGCUGCUGGUCUUCGCCGGCCUCUUCGCCUCUCUGGUCAUCUGGCUCUAUGUCCACCCCAUCCACUGGCCCUGGAUCGAGUACCUCACCUGCUUCCCAUUCACUAACCGCUUCUGCGAGAAGUACGAGCUGGACCAGGUGCUGCACUGACCACCUGCCCGGCGGGGCCGGGCGAGGCUGCUACACACCACACGGGCUGUGCCUGGGCCCAGCUGCCUGCCGCAGAGCACCCCACCCCACCCGCACUCCAGAGACUCACCGGCGGUGCCCAGGCGCCCGGCCCCGGUGGUGCCCCGCCAGGCGAGGCUGCCUCGGAGACGGUCAUACAGACGGCUUCCUUGGGGGACUGAGGUCCCCCUCCUCAGGCCUGCGUGUUCCUGGCCCUGACUGGGGGGCACUCAGAGCACCUGCUUCUCUGUAGCUCAGGGCUCUGGCCGACGUCUGCCCUGCUGUCCUGCCCACCUCCUGGAGGGAGGGUUUCUUUCCUCCCGGAGUCCUCAGGCUGCUGCCAUCUCCCACCCCAGCCUCUACGGGUGCGUCCUCGCCCACCAUUACUGUGAGUGUGCCUUUCCGGGCACAUGGCCGGGUGUCCCACCAGGUUCCCACCCCUGCCUCACCACGGCCCCCUCCGUGUUUCUUCCCCUCUCUGCCCUUUCACCAGUAGCCUCCUGAGCCUGCCCAUGUGGUGGAAGAGGUUUGGCUGUGGUCUGGGACAGAGAAGCAGCACGAAACGCAGACUGGGAAGCCAGGAGCCUUUGCGUGUUCUUAGCCAGCCGAGGCUGUGCUCCCUGUCCCUUUGCCCUCCCUUCAAGUGUUCUGCCUCUCAGGGCUGGCUCUGACGACGGCCAGCCCCACCACCCUGUGCCUCACUCCCAUCCUAGUGGGGGCCAGAGGCUAGGCCCCCCCAAGGACCCACGCCCAGGGGUUGCCCAAGGUGGCUCAGUCAAGCCCGUUUUUCUACUGGUUUAUAUUAUGGUCCUACUUUUUAAAUGUAACGCUAACUUUGUAUGGAUGAUGUCUCAAAUGUAUUAAAUGAUAUUCUCUAGGGA